AUGGGAACAAUGAGAAUAUCUGCAGUGCAGGGCAAUCGUUGGGAACUCGUUCAAAAGGGGGACUAUGAGGAGCAGCACCACAAGAUUGAGAAGAUCUUGGCUGGUGCUGGCGGAGAGCUCCGCCUGGGUGCAGUCGAGCAACUAUUGAACACGCAACUCCACAAGCAGGCUAGCAUGGCGAUUGUGUACAUGUACAUUUCGGGCUGCUUGUGGCAAAUUGCCAUGCUAUCCCUUGCAGGCGCUCACCGGGUUUACCGUCAUUGCGUGGCCCUGCCCAUCUUUGAAGCUCGGUUUGGAAGUCCGAGCUGUCAGAGUUUCACAUGCGACAUAUGCGACCUAGUCACCACUUUUCAUUUGCCAGGUCUGCAGAUGGGGACCAUCUGA